CUCAAUGUCUCUGCUGUUACUUUUACGACCGUGUUGAACCAACCCUGGUCAGACUGAAAGGGCUCAGAUGAUGCCAACAUGAAUCCGUCUUCUCAAGCGAACGCCGGAUUCCAGCGCGCUGCGACCAAAUUCAAGCAAUCCAUACCCAAGACCUUGUGGGACCAGUUCGCCUGUGACAGCAACAGCCUGUCAUCUCUCAACGUCGAAAUCAAGGCGAUCCAGAAAAGUCAUGGAGAGAAGGGCUCGCUGCGAAACAUGGCUCGACUUGGCAAGUUCAUCGAAGCCAUGACCCAGUUUGGCAAGGUGAUAGAAGUCUUUGUCAAUGCGAGCGAGUUUGUCUGCUUUGUUUGGGGCCCGAUGAAGUUUCUCCUUGGGGUUGCGAAAACUCAUCUAGAUACUUUUGACAAACUACUUAACGCGUACGACCAGAUUGGGAGCGCCAUCCCCGGGCAUUUGCUCUACAAAGACAUGUUCAGGGAACAUCAAAAUCUCAAAGUCAUCUUGGAGGACUACUACUCUGACGUCCUUCAAUUUCAUGAAGAGGCCCUGAAGGUCUUUGGACGAUCCAAAUGGAGAGAUCUCUUUCAUGCGACGUGGAAAACAUUUGACAGUCGAUUCGGUCCUAUCUUGCAGAGUCUCCAAAGUCGGCGAGAGUUAUUGGAGAGCGAAAAGCUGUCGGCGUCUCUCGACCAUAUCCACAUCAUUCGACAGAGAAUUGAUGAUCUUUACCAAGAUCAGAUACGGGCUGUUGACGACAAAGGGCGAGAGAAGCAUCGAUCUAGAAUGACGCUGAUCAAAGAGAAGCUUCGCGCCCCAGAAUACUACCUUGACCAAGAGGUUGCGGCUGGGAAAAGAGAAGGGCUCAAUACUGGUCGCUGGGUGUUCGAGGAAUCGCAGUAUACCUCUUGGUCGGAUCAUACCGUCUCUGCGCACUCGAUUCUGUACCUCAAUGGUAUACCUGGGGCUGGAAAAACCACUCUCGUUUCUUCGAUCAUCAGCAGACUUCUCGAGGUCCAGUCCUCCAAACCGUCGCUUCCACACUCCGUGGCGUACUUCUACUUCAAGCACGGGAACUCGGAGAAAAACAAUCACGACAGCUUCUUGAGAGCCGUUCUAACGCAACUCAUCAGUCAAGAUACUGCGACAUCGCAGGGAUUCUUCGAGAAGCUAUCAUCCCAAGCUGACGUCAACAUUCGGUCUAGGGAGAGUCUCCAAACAUUGACUAAAAGCGCUCUCGAAGAGUACCGCGUCUCUUUCCUGGUCCUCGAUGGACUUGACGAAUGCGACCGAGAACAAGCCAAUGUCACCGUCAAAUGGCUCCUGUCGCUUCUUGGCGAUGAUCGGUACGUCGAUAAAACAAGUCUGCGAAUCUUGUUCUCUGGGCAGCGAGAUGGGCUUCUGGAUGUUCUCCUUCGUCCGUAUCCGGCAAUCUGUUUGGAAUCCUCGGAACACACUGCCGACAUCGAGAGAUACUGUUUGCAGUACGUCCCGAAGUUGCGAAAGAAGUUUCCUAUGACAAAGGAACUCGAAACAGAAAUUUUGUCUUUAGUUACGACAAGAGCACAAGGAAUGUUUCUGUAUGCUCGUGUGGUCUUAGAAUAUCUUCUCCGCCAAGUUAGUAUUGCAAAACUGAAGAAAACCAUCAAGCCCGAUGUUUUCCCAGCGAAACUCGAGUCUGCAUACGAGAGGAUUGCUGCCAGUAUUUACGAGUCGGAACACGAAUCCGAGCGGGAGACUGCACAGAAGAUCAUUGCUCUCGUGGUCACUGCAAAACGGGACCUGAAAUGGCGAGAAAUACAGUCCUUUUUCUGCAUCGACAGCAGCAAUGGGACGAUCGAUCCCGAUGAACGGUUGCAAGUCAAAGCCAAAGAUCUUUGCGGCUCGCUUGUGGAUGUUCACCCAAUCAACAGCCAAGCAAGCGAGCAUGAACAUGCUGUGCGGAUUGUCCACGAUACUGCUCGAAGAUACCUCAUCCACAAGAAAAUAGUCGACGACGCUCUCGAGAAUGCCCGUAUUCUGUCUUUCUGCAUGGAAUACCUGACUUCUGGGCCGUUUUCAAGAAUCAACCGAUCACACACAGUAGCGGCACAUGCCCGGCGAGCGUACUACUCGCUUCAGGAUUACGCCGUCGCACACUGGUACGACCAUGCCACUGAGCUAGCAGCUAUCCGAUUGUAUGACUCAGAAGAUGGUCUUGAAAUGAGGGAAGAGUCUAAGAGAGCAGCAAGCUUGUUAUCACGUUUCCUCGUGGACUAUGGCAGCUCGGUCGAUGGGAGCGGGGAAGGUGAUUAUUCCGUGUCCCUACAAGAAAUUUUGGACAAGAUACCGAAAGACGAGAGGGAUCGAACCUCGUUUCUCAAUGUUGAGCAACGGACAAUCUGGAUCCGACAAGAAAUCGAAAAUCUGCAGGAUCUUGCGGACGACGAAAAGCAAAUUCUGGCCGAGCUUCAUGGGUCGAAUGUCGGCUACAAGUGCCACAAGUCUUGGUGUCUUUUAUUUGCCAACGGAUUUGAUAAGUCAGACGAACGAGAAAGUCAUAUGAAUCGCCAUGAACGUCCCUUUCUCUGCCCCUUCGACGGCUGUUUUGGAUCUAUUGUAGGCUUCGAAUCCCAAGUCACUAUGGACCAACAUCACAGGAAGAACCACACGGACGCACCACCGGUAAUGCUACAAUUUCCAACACCCAAGCAAACGAGAUCUUCACUCGAUCUUUUUCGAGCAGCUUCACGGGGUGACAUAGACGAAGUUACACAACUCCUUGAUGAUGGGCACAACAUAAACGGAACAAAAGCAACACAAGUUCAGACUCCAUUGUGGAUAUCUGCAAAGAAUGGCAGAUACGAAGUGUGCAAGCUCUUGAUCGAGAGGGGCGCGAGAUUGACACCAUCUAAAAGGGGUGUAGGCGCCCCCCACAUCCUUCCACUUGUGAUGGCCUCUGAAGGGGGGCAUGUCAAUACAGUCCACUUGCUUCUGAAGGCUCAUGAGAAGAACAACACUCUCGCUUUCUCACGGAUCUUUGUGCUACUCAAAAUAGCAAUCCGGAUGAAGCACUUGGAACUUUUGGAGUUGCUUUUGUCUUUUUGCCAGUCCAAAAGUGACAUCUUUGUCCAAAAACGAGCAGUGCUUCGUGAAGCUUGUGGUUGCGCUCAAGUCUCCAUGGUCAAGCUGCUUCUUCAGAACGGGUUCCAGUCAGAGGCUGAUUAUUCCUGCAUAGAGAUAUGCCUGCACAAGAUGAAGUACGAACCUGAGGUCUCAGAUUGGGCGGUUCAAAUACUGGAAGCGUUGCUGUCAACUGGUCAACCCAAAAUCAUAGAAAAGGACUGGAUCAGUUGGUUGAUUUUGGAGGGACACCAAGCAACUGUUUUCAUGGUUCUGUCAUAUCCAAAGACACGUCUGAAGCGUUUUUACCUCAAAGAGUUGCUCGAUUUAGCGACCGAGAAAGCCUCCGCCAAUCUUGUCGAUCUGCUAAACAACCUCCUAGCAGAGGCGACUGCAGCUGAUGAGAACGACUUCUACCAAGACUUCAUCCGGAACUAUGCGCCGCUUGUUGGUCAUGACACGUAAUGAAUUAACACCGGAUUUGAUAGCUCCG